GUUGAUUUGUGCCAUCGACAAGUUGUCGUUGACAUUUAAAUAGAGAAAGAUUCCAUACUUGAUAUUGCAUGGAAAUAGCUUCACUCUAUCCACUGAAAGUUCAUGGAUAUUCCCAGUCUGGUUCUUGUUUCCCCGCGAUUUUCUUUAUUCUUUUAUCUGCAUCUUCCAUUUGCCAUGUUUCAUCCAGCCACAUCAAAAGCCUCAAUUCAGUUCCAAGACAUUCCUCCUAUCCUCACAACACGUAGCAAUGCAGCAUCAGCUCCUCUCUUCCUUCCUCCCUCUAGAGGCAGGCCAUGAUAUCCUCCAUCUCCCCACGCGCCUGGUACUUUGGCAAACUCACCGUCAUCCUUCUCUCUAUUCUUCUCACAACCUCGUACCUCAUCUCACAUUCCUUCUCUUCUACUCCUUCUGUCAAGGAUCUCUACGCCCUUACCACCAAAGGCAAAAAAGCCCUGUUUAUAGAAAACUUUCUCUCUACCGAGAUCGAUGGCCCUUUCGAUAACAAGACAUUGGUUGCGCUAUGUAACGCAGCAAAAUGGCAGCCGGGAUUGAUAUUCGAGUGUGAAGUCGCGGCAGAAGGGGUCGUGAACGUUAGGAACGUUAUCUUGAAUUGUGUCCGUUACACUAUUCUUGCUGGUGCAACAUCAUUCAUUCUCCCAACUCUCCUAACAACCACAACGCCUCCCACAACUCUCCUAAUGUCCCACCUCUUCGACAGCACCCACUUCACUGCGGCCCUCACUUCUUCCUGCCCCCAAAUAACCCUCAUCCCCAAUAAAAACGACCUCUACAACCUGCCCUCCACCGCGCACCCAAUCGCCCUCUCUCCAACCUCCAUCUCAACCUCCCCCCUCCUCCUAUCCAGCAUCCUCACCUCCCCUCAAACCUGGCCCGCCGACCUCGCAGUCCACAUAAACAAAACACACCCCUCGCCCUUCUCGCCCCAAAAACCGCUUUUAAUAACCCUCCAAACGCCCCUCCUCGAAUUCCCCCUCUCCUACGAUGAGAAGGAUCUCGUCUCCAAUUUCGGCAAACUGAUCCGUCCAAACGAGGAUAUUCGACGGGUCGCAGCCGCGGUCUUAUUCGCGCUCUACGAGAAAUAUAGGUUAGACCUCGUCUUUUCGCCUAGUGGUGGGGUCCAGGCCGCGAAAUUCAUGGGCGUGCAUUUGAGGGUUGGGAAAGAUGCCGAGAAAGCUGGUUGGACGUCCGCUGAGGUUCAAACUUCUAACGCUCUAUCCCUCGCUGCGACGUCUGAGCUGGGACUGAUCUACCUGUCAUCGUUCGACCCUGAGCUCUUCGUCACCACUGCUCCAAUCUCCUCAAUCCCUCCUGCUGCUGCUCGUCCAAACUCCAAUUCCUCAACGCAACAAUCUCCACCCCCUCCCCCCACAACCGAAACAGCCACCUCCCUCCUCAGCGGCCCCCUCGCACCAGGCACAUUCCUGCCUCCCCCAACCCCAGGCUUCGAAUCCGAAUGGGCAGCCCUCAGGGCGCUCGAAUGGCAGCAAGCGCUACUAGUCGACUACGAAGUCCUACUCCGCUCCUCUAUCUUCGCUGGGACGUGGGAGAGCUCGUUUAGCUGGAAUGUGGCUUUGAGACGGAGUCUAGUGGGAGGGAAUGGGGGGAAAGAAGGGAGUUGGGAGGGUGUGGGGAAUGGGAAUGGGAAGGGGGUGGUUGUUGAGAAGGUUGGGAGGGAUGGGGUGGGAAAGGGAAAAGGGAGGAGGGGGAAGAAGGGGAAGGUUGGUGAGGUUUGUUGGAAGGAUGAGAGGAGUACUGUUUUUGGGCCGGGGGGAGAGGGCGGGAGGGUUAGGGGGGCGCUGUGGGGGUAG